AUGGGUUGUGCUGCAGCAAAACCAGAGAAACAAGACAAAUCACAUAGUAAACAAAACUCUCCUUGCUCACAAACUAAAGAGGCUACUCCAUCAAUAUCAUUGAUGUAAGAAACUGAUAAAAUAGAAUCAGAUUAUAUUUUCCAUAGUUUGGAUCCUUUAGUAAGUAAGCUAUUAAAUUAAUAAAAUAGCAAGAAGAAAUUACAUAAAAAAAGCAGUUUCUAAGAGCAAUAAUGCAAGUCGAAUAGUUAAGGUUUAUAAUUGUUUAAAUCUUACAACUACUGAAAAGUAAGAACUAGAAAGAAUAGUAAAUCAUCUAUUAUAAAUUGUAAGUCUUAUCAUAUAUAUAAGAAACAUUUAAACUUAGUCAGCCAAUAAUAAUACUAUUAUAAUGAUAAUAAAUUGUUCUUAGUUAGUGACUUUUGUGAUGGUGGCAAUCUAUUAUCCCGUUUGGAUCAUUUUAGUCAACUACAAUAACAUAAUAUGUUUGAUGUGUUUUGUUAGAUUAUGGCAGGAAUCUAAUUCUUACAUAAUAAAGGAAUUGCACAUGGGUAUGUUAAGUUGUGGUAUUUUAGAAACAUUCAACUUGAAAGUAUAGUGUUUACAGAUAAAAGCAUGUAGAAUGUCAAACUAAUAGACUAUGGUAUAUCAAGUUCCUUGAAAUCUACAUGUUUAUAAUGGAGACCUAAUGGAGGUAUUUAAGAAAUAUCCUUCAAAUCACCUGAAGCCUUGAAAUAAUCAAACCUAACAAGUUUUAAAUCUGAUAUAUGGUCAUGUGGAUGUCUCCUAUACUUCUUUUUAACUUCUCAUAUGCCAUUUUAAUCAAGAGAUGUCCAAGCUUUAAAAACGGCAAUAUAAAGAGGAAUAGUUAAUUUUGAAGGCUCUGAAUGGACUAACAUUAACCCAGAUAUGAAAAUAUUAGUAAGUAAAAUGCUUAGCUCAAAUCCAUAACUUCGUCCAACUGCAUCUGAAGUUAUUAAUCAUCCAAUAUUUUUGAAUAGAGCAAAAAUUAUAACUAAGCCAAAUAAACAACUCUCUAAAUAGAUGAAAGACUUUAAAGUAUUUAGAUUCUUUAUAAUAUUAGUAAUAAUCAUAAAUGCAAAGUGCUAUGUUAAAUUAUAUUGCAGAAAACAUGUUGUAAGAAUAAGAUAAGAAGAAAUUAAUGGAAGAGUUCUAAAAAUUUGAUUUAAAUAAGGAUGGAUAACUUACAAAAUAAGAACUCUUAACAGUAUAUACUACAAUGUAUUCAUCCGAAUAAGCUAAUUAAGAGGUUGAAGCCAUAUUCUCGAAAAUUGAUCAAAAUGGUAGUGGAAGAAUAGACUAUCAAGGUAUUAAAAAUUAUUCAUUUUUAGAGUUUGUAUUAGCAACAAUAGAUCAAAAAAAAUAUUUUAAUAGAGAAAAAUUGCUUAUGUUAUUUUAAUAAAUCGACAGAGAUCAUAGUGGAUAAUUAAGUAAAUUAGAAGUUAAGAAAUUAUUAAGAGACAUGUAAGUACCAAAAGAAAAACUUGAUUAAUUGUCCAAACAAUUAGAUUAAGAUGGAGAUGGUUAAAUUGCUCAAGAAGAAUUUCUAUAAAUUAUGUUAUCUAUUGCAUGA